AUGGGAGCUCAUCCACCGCUGCCGGUCUCAAGCAGGCCCUCUGGCGAGGGCAGCCUCGGGUGGCAGUGGCAGCCUCAGGUGGCCCUCCAGAGUGACUGCGGCCUUGGACGAGGCCUCGAGCAAGGGCUUCUCUACCCCCAGACAAUCCCCACUCUCCACUGGAGCAGCGGCGGAGAUGUGGGCGGCGGUGAAGGGGGCGCCUCCUCUCCCCUUGUGCUCGCGGGUGUGGCGGCAGCAGUGGCGAUCUACAAGGUUGGGUCCAGUUUCUUUGUCGGUGCCAUCCUGAGGUUGGGCGUGGGCCCAUUCUCCUUGCACCGCGCCAUCCCGCGCUCCACAGUGGCGAUCUACAAGCAGAGAUUUUCAACAAUCACGUCUCAAGGAGAGGACCAAUCAGCAAAGAUAUUUAGUGCGGAAGAGCUCAAGGCUGCUACUGACAACUACAGCGAGAGUCGAAUCCUUGGCCGAGGUGGACAUGGCACAGUGUACAAGGGCAUUCUUGCAGAUCAAACUAUAGUCGCCAUAAAGAAGUCCAAGGUGUUCGAUGAGAGCCAAGUGCAGCAAUUUGUCAAUGAGAUUGCCAUCUUGUCACAGAUUGACCACCCAAAUGUUGUGAAGCUUUUGGGAUGCUGUCUAGAGACACAGAUGCACUUGCCUAUCUGCACUCCACAUCUUCUGCACCAAUCAUACAGAGACAUCAAAUCAAGCAACAUUCUGCUGGAUGAGAACUUCGUGGCUAAAAUAGCAGACUUUGGUGCAUCAAGAUCAGUCCCAUUUGAUCAAACUCAUAUAACUACUCUUAUUCAGGGGACUAUUGGGUACCUUGAUCCCGACUAUUUCCAAACCAGUCAGCUAACUGAGAAGAGUGACGUUUACAGUUUCGGAGUUGUUCUUGCAGAACUAUUGACCAGGCAGAAACCUAUUUCUGCAGCAAGGCCGGAAGAAUCAUGUAACUUGGCUAUGCAUCUGGUGGUUCUAUUUAAUGAACGGCGCUUACUUCAGGAGAUAGAGCCGCACAUUUUGGCGGAAGCAGGCGAAGACCAAUGUUAUGCCGUUGCAGAGCUUUCAGUACGGUGCUUAAACGUGAAGGGAGAAGAACGGCCUGCCAUGGUGGUGGUGGCUUCAGUUUUACAUGGGCUAAGAAGGUCAUUCACCAUAGACCAGACUGCCACAAGAAAAGAUGAAUGGGCAGGGGAAAAUAGUGAACAGGAAGAGAAACAUCUACGUGAGCCCAGACCAAUUCCCAGUUUGCAGUCAUCAGAAGUAAGCACACACUGCAGCAUGGAGGCUGAAAUGUUAUCUUCUUCUCAUAUGCCAAGAUGA